AUGCAGGAGGAGGAGAUCGUCCACGUGCCCAAGCUGAUCACUCAGACUCGCCAAGUGCAACAGCAGGUCGAGCAGGUCGUGGAAGUGCCGGUGCCCAUGAUGCAAGAGGAAGUUGUGCACAUUCCCAAGAUCAUGACCCAGUCGCGUGUGCAGCACCAGCACGUGGAAGAGGUGGUCGAGGUGCCGGUGCCUAUGCAGCAGGAGGAAGUGGUGCACGUGCCCAAGAUCACCACCGCCACACGGCAAGUCCAGCAGCACGUGGAGCAAGUGGUGGAAGUUCCAGUGCACCAGAAGAGAGAAGAGGUGGUGCACGUGCCAAAGGUGGUCACCCACACGCGAACCUCGCACCAGCACGUGGAGCAGACCGUGGAGGUGCCUGUGCCAAUGACGCAGGAGGAGCAGGUGCACGUGCCAAAGAUCAUGACUCAGACACGUCAGAUCCACCAGCAAGUGGAGCAGAGCGUCGAAGUGCCAGUGCCCAUGCAAGAGGACCCGGGGAACCAGCUUCCCAGCGAAACCUUCGGGUCGCACUCGCAGACUCGCAGAGGUGAGGUGAUGGUGCACGUCCCCAAGAUCAUGACCCAGACUCGCGUGCGCCACGAGCAUGUUGAGCAGACAGUGGAAGUGCCCAUCCCACAGACGCAGGAGAGACUGCCCUGCCGAAAAGACCCGACGAAACGGCAACGGCGACUCAAACGCACGCGGCGACAGGAGAAGCUGGUCCAAAUUCCAAAGAUCAUGCAGCAGGAGCGCAUCACCCAUCAGCACGUGGAACAGGAGCAAGUGGUGCACGUGCCCAAGGUGGUGCAGCAGGAACGCCAGCACCACUUCCACGUUGAGGAGAUGGUGGACAUUCCAGUGGAACAGCCGGUGGAGACGCAGGUGCACGUGCCCUUGGUGAGCAAGGUGGAGCGCAUCGUACACAACCCAGUGGAUCUUGUGGUGGAGGUGCCGCGACCCGUGGUCGUGGAGAAAUCCGUUCAGGUGCCCAUGAUCCACGUGGAGGAGAAGACGGUGAGAGUCCCCAAGGUGCUCAACACGGUGGUGGACACCGUGGUCCAGCACCAAAUCGAGAACAUCCACGUGGUGAAGCCCACCGUGGUGCACAAGGUCGUGCAGCGUAGGAAGCCCAUCAUCCAGGAGCGCGUGCAACACGUGCCGAAGAUCAUGGUCCAGCAUGUGCCAGUGCACCGCGUGGUCGAGAAGCAGGUCCACGUUCCACAGGUUCAGUACGUGGACGAAUUUGUGGAUGUGCCCGUGCAGAAGCAGCGGCGUGUGGCCAUGGCGGCGCCACCACAGAUCGUCCACAAGCAUGUGCACGUGCCCAUGGUGCAGAAGGUUCAGAAGACGGUGGAAGUACCCCAGGUGCAGUUUGAGGAUCAAAUUGUUCACGUGCCAGUGGCGAAGCAGGUGCAUGUGCCAGUGGUGCAGACCACCCAGAAGCACGUGGAAGUGCCCCAAGUUCAGUAUGAAGACCAGAUCGUCCAUGUGCCGGUCACGAAGCAGGUGCAUGUGCCCAUGGUGUCCAAGGUGCAGAAGAGCAUCGAGGUGCCACAGGUGCAAUACGAGGACCAAGUGGUGGAAGUGCCCGUGACCAAGCAGGUCCAUGUGCCGUUGGUGGAGACCGUGCAGAAGAGCGUGGAGGUUCCACAGGUUCAGUAUGAGGAUCAAGUGGUCCAAGUGCCAGUGGCCAAGCACGUGCACGUGCCCAUGGUGCAGACCGUGCAGAAGAGUAUCGAAGUCCCACAGAUCCAGUUUGAGGAUGAGAUUGUCCACGUGCCGGUUCAGUCGUUUGGGCCGCAUGGAGCCGUCGCGCGGUUGAAGCAGAUCAAUGUGCCCAUGGUCCAGCAAGUGGAAAGGAGCGCCGCUGCCGCGGAUUGUCGACGCGAGCCGGGUGGACCCGAGCGGAUGGCCCAAACGCGCCCAGCGGGGGAAGAGCUGCUGAAGCUGCCUGUGCCCGUGGGUUUCAUAGGAGUGUCGAUGUGCCUCAGAUCCAGUACGAGGACCAGGAUGGAGGGCCCCGACGAGCGAUCGAACCUGGAGCCGGGAUCGAACCCCGUUGGAGACGACAGACAUCGCGAGCUCAUCCGACAUCGACCGAUCGAGGAAGUGGUGCAGGUCCCACUGGCGAAGCAGGUGCACGUGCCGAUGAUCCAGGAGAUCGAAAGGACCGUCGAGGUGCCUCAGGUGGAGUAUAUUGACAGGGUCGUCGAUGUGCCAGUGGAGAAGCAGAUCCAUGUGCCAACCAUCCAGACCGUCGAGAAGACCGUGGAAAUUCCCCAGGUCGAGUACGUCGACAACCACGUGCACAUCCCCAUCCAGAAGCAGCGACAUGUGCAGGUCCACGUGCCUGUCGAACGCCCAGUAGAGGUGAACGUCAUUGAGACCAUCGAGAAGGUCAUCGAUGUACCAGUGGUGAAGCAGAUCGAAGUGCCCCAGGCACCCAACGACGGGGUUGCCAGCCUAUUCGCUGGUGCAGGAAUAGGCUGUGAUCCUUUUACCCCUAUUCUGGUUCAGUCUGAGAGAAAGUGA